AUGGAAGGAUUAGGUAAUAAUCAUCUUCACCAAAAACAUAGCCCCAAAUUUCCAUUACAAUUGCUCGAGAAGAAGGAAGAUGAAACCGCCUACUCUUCCCUUGCCAUUUCCGCGGAUACAUCAAAUUAUAGCAUCAUUACUCGAUCAACUGCUGCCUUGUCCAGCCAAGACACGGCCGAGGCAUCUAAGAAGCCAUCGCCCAAGCAACCAUCAACAAAAGAUCGCCACACAAAAGUUGAUGGACGUGGGCGGCGCAUCCGCAUGCCCGCACUUUGCGCUGCUAGGGUUUUUCAGCUAACGAGAGAGCUAGGUCACAAGACCGAUGGGGAAACUGUCGAAUGGCUUCUUCAACAGGCAGAGCCGGCAGUUAUCGCCGCCACUGGUACCGGUACAAUCCCAGCGAAUUUCACUUCUCUCAAUAUAAGCUUACGUAGCUCGGGUUCUAGUAUGUCAUUACCAUCUCAAUUAAGAUCUACGUAUUACAAUCCGAUUUUUUCAAUGCAACAACGCCGUGGAAUUUGUCCGGGCUUAUUAUCAGAGAAUUCCUCGACAACUUUGUUGAAUUUUCAGGCCGGAAAUUUAUACCCUAGUUUGAUGCAAGCUAAGCAAGAAAUGCGCCAACAUUCAUUAGACUCAACGGAGCCUGAGGAUAGUUCAGGGCGGAAGCGGAGGGUGGAGCAAGAGUUGCAGCCACCGCAUCACCACCAAAUGGGGACUUAUUUACUGCAGUCAACCACCGGCUCGAUGCCGGCGAGUCAUGCCUCAAUUCCGUCCAAUUUUUGGAUGAUUCCAAAUUCCAACAACCAAGUUAUGGGGGAUGAUCAAAUAUAUAACAGUGCUGCUGCUUUAUAUAGAGGCACUAUGUCUAAUGGGCUGCAUUUCAUGAAUCUUCCGACCGCGGUGGCACUAUUGCCUACUCAACAGUUGAGCACGAGCAUCGGCGUCGGAUUAGGGGAGGGGCAGUUGAGGUUGACGGGGCCAAAUCCUUAUCGGUCUGAUGGCGAAGUAUCAGAAUCUCAGGUGCAAGUGGCAAUGGUGGUUGUGGUGUAG